AUCCAUCCCAACCUCUAGCUACGACUAUGUUCUAGCUGCCAUUCUUUUGAAAGCCCACAUCCAGUCAUUCUUUUACUUACAUAACCAAACUGUCGCUCUCUACGCUUUGCUUUCUCGCUCGAGUAACACCGUCGCCUCCUUUCUCUCCCUCGUCACUCUUUAAAACCAAAUAGCAAAAAGAUCUCGUGCCAACAUGCGCUUCACUCUCUUCUCCACCACCGCAAUGGCGCUGUUCGCGUGCGUGCCCGCAGCCCCGAUUACUCCGCGCAGCUCAUCUAUUCUUCUGAACUGGACCAAAGAGUCGGCCAUCAAGACUGUCAAUUCGCUCAUGGGCCAGCUUCCCAUGGAUGCGCAGAUCUGGAAAGUCGAUGAGGACUCCGGGCUGGUCGGUGUGAACUUUAACUUGGAUAUGGAGGAGUUGGCGAAGACGGGACUUGUUUCGUUGUCGAAGCAUAAGAAUGCGAAUAUUAAUAUGAAUGUGACUAUUUCGGGGUUGGAUUAG